AGGGUCUACCUGCGUUGUCCUUUGUGUAGCUCUUGUUUCCAUGCAAAUUGUGCUGAAUACGAAAUAGAACUUUUCCUCACGAAGGAACUCUCAGGAACACUGUGUGAGAAGUGUGCUUGUGCAAAAAACUAAGAUGUCUACAAGGAAACUUGUAUCUGUCUCUGUGACAAGAAAUGGUGUCACUACUAAAAUUCCCUGUACCCAAGAAGUUGCAGACAUGCUGAUGUCCAAGGAAAUAGAUUCAAAGGUGAAAGAAAUAAUUGUAAAUGAACUGAUGUUGUCUCCAUCCACACCUCCAUCUACUGGAGAGACAUCAAUGUUGCCUAGUCCUUCAACACCACCAUUGCCUGGUCCUUCAACACCAUCAUUGCCUGGUCCUUCAAAACCAUCAUUGCCUGGUCCUUCAAAACCAUCAUUGCCUGGUCCCCAAACACCAUCAUUGCCUGGUCCUUCAACACCAUCAUUGCCUGGUCCUUCAAAACCAUCAUUGCCUGGUCCCCAAACACCAUCAUUGCCUGGUCCUUCAGCACAGGAUGAAGAUACAAAUGAAAAGUGGGAUGUGCAAAGCAUAAAGCUGUUGAAAAAGUCAUUUCAUGAUAUAGAAAGGACUUCAAAACCUCUCAAGAACAAGUGGCAGAAGGUGGCGUCUGAGGUCAAUAGAGUCGGAGGGUACAGUUUUUCAGCAGAAAAAUGCAGACUAAAAAUAAAGGGUCUUAAAUCAAAAUAUGAACGUCAGAAGAAAAAAAACAACACUUCUGGUGAAUCACCAGCUUCGGAUGAAGAUGAUGAGGAUUUCGAUGUUUUUGAGAAAAUACCGGAUAUGAAACCAAAAGCAGUUCUAGAAUCUGGAACUGGAACCUCAAAAAAAAGGCCAGCUGCUGAUGAUUCAUCUUCUGAAGAAACAGAGCCUCUACCAGUGAAAAAGAGAGUCCAUCCGAAAAGAUCUGCAGAGAUUUUGCAAGUCAUGUUAAAAGACCUGAUGGAAAAACGAGAAGAAAAAGCAGAACAAAGACAUCAGGAAAAACUUGCCACUGCAAACUCCCUCAUAGAAGUCCUGAAAGAGUUGGCAAAAAAAUAAUUUUACA